AUGGCCUGGAACGUCUAUGCCAAGGAGCUCUACCACCUCGGCCAUGGGUACCCCUUGUGGGUUCCCGAGCCACUGCCACGCACCAGCCGGGAGGUCGAGAUCGCUGACUUGGGGUGGGUCCGGGAUGGCCAAUUCGUGCAACUAUUGCGAUGCAAGGAGACACAAGCGGAAUUACAGCCGCACCAGGUGCAGCCGGAGAACUACGUGCCGUUCAACCCGCCCAACCUCGUUACCAGUGGGCCCAUUGAGAAUAUCACCCAGCGUAUGCUUUGCAGCCGAUCGAUCAAGAACGUUGCCGUCCAAGGAAGUGUGGGCUCCAGUGUCGAGUUCCAGUUAACGCAAGACAAAGCAGCGCUGCUGAUGCUGAGUUCCCGGGGUCAAGAAACUAUCAUCCGGAACACUAGGCAGAUUGUCACCUAUAUGCGCGAACACCUGGACAGCUGGGAAGAGCUCGCGAACGGUGUACUCGGCUUGGAACUCUCACGCGAAGAAAUCUUCUUCGUCUGCGGCGUAACAAAGACGGCGGGUCACUGGGGCGUCGCCGCGUUCUCUGACCUCCGGCGCAAAGGUGCCACCCCGGUCACGGUCACGGUCCACUUCGAUUCGGGUACUCCCGACCAGCCGAAAGUGGACUACAACAUCGUAACGUCGGGCGCGCAGCCUGGCGGCCGGGUCUGGCAUAAACACAGCCCAUGGCGUGCACAGGAGAGCUCCGCACCCAGCUUGCCCUUUGCGCCUGCCGCAGUGCCAUACACGCCGUACGGCGCUUGCCCGCUCCCUCCAACUUCCGUUUUGACCGUUGCCUCAGGCCUCACAACAAUGUCUGCACCGUCGGUGAUGUACAGACGCAUCAACACGUAUGCGUCCAACUACUCUGCAUUUGACUCUGCAGAGUCUCUGAGGUCCCGCUUCACACAUGCUACUUCCCCCGCCAUGCAAGUUCGAUCGUCUUCACCGGCAUCGUUCUCUGAUAGCAGCUUAUCGGUGAACUCACUAUCUGGCUCGGUGUUCACCCUCGAGUCCAUCUCGGCUGAGCAGGAAAGCUCAAACGGUCCUAUACCCCUCGUAGACGAAACGGGUGCCGACCAAUGCUUAUUCGUUCACUACUACAAAGCCAAACGGCGCAGCCGACUCCUUCCCUUAAAAUUGGUGGCCCGGGCUGGUCCUCACCAGCUCCCACGUCAUCCUGACGAGGAUCCAGAAGCUCCAAAGGUUCUUGCAAACGCUGAGAAUGCUGGCAGCAUGAGCCACCAUCCACCUGAACAUGAAGAGGUGUUCGACCCUGUCAACAUGGUUUUGGACUACAUUCUUGGGAACUCGGAUGCCGAAAUGGCAAUCGCAUCUGACAUGGAUCUCUACGCAUUAUUUCCGCCCGACCAUUUUCCUGACGACAUUGCUGCAGCACUCUCAUGGGUACGUCCUCCGAUCACGGUGGAUGAAUAUGGAGUUGGCAUACUGUCGGAGCAAACGGCACCGCCUGCGGCUGAAGACGUCACAACCGCUGUUAUGGACACGAGCCAGGCGAAGAAAGGGAACAGCAGCCAACGGCUCGACGUCCUCCGAGUCGGACUCCCGACUGUGGGACCAAAACCGCAUACUAUGAGCACGAGUACUUUCCUUGGGCGCGACUGGGCUCCGCUGGUAACUGCAUCGGCUUGA